GUCAACACGAGCUCAGUCGCGCGCUGCUGCAGCAGACGAAACACAUUCGGGUUAACGUUGUUCAGGUUGUUGCUUUUGUGAGUGCAGGCGUGGAUUUAUUAUUUUCUUACUAGAUUCUCUAGCGAGUUCAGCGGAAGAUGGAAGCACCGAAUACGGUGAUGCCGGGAGCGGGACCCCCAUCCUCAGCCCCUCCCGCCUACCAAGGGCCCCCUCCGCCCUACACGGAAUACCCCGGCCAGCAGUUCGCUGGGGGGCCACCCGCAGGCGCCGCCCCUUACGGCCUCGGCUUCUGUGUUCCUCCUCCAGCGUCGCACCAGCAGCCUUAUCCCCCCGGAUACCCUGCGGCGCCCCAGCCCCAUCCAGGUGGCACUUCCCUGUACCCGGACAUAUCGCAGAUCCCGCAACCCCAGGCAGGUACUGUGCCGUACACGGGUGCAUGGCCUUACCAGAGUGCACUGCCUUACACGAGUUCAUUUGGUGCACCGCAUGGCCCCAUGCAUCGCUUGCCGCCUCCAUGGGGCAUGGUGCACGGUGUGCUGUCCCCCGUCGGUGAGCCCCCGCCCGCUGCAUGCAAACAAGCAGGCAAUGAGCGUGGUGUUCCUUUCCCCUUGCAUGGAUCGAAGGCUCCGUUUGCUCCCUCAGCUCCAGCGGAAGAAUCUCCGGCGGACGGCAGUCGUCCCCUCGACCCCGCCAACCGUAGUGCUGAUGGUAGGCUUCCCCCCCUUGUCCCUGCACACAGCUCAGGCAGUAGGCAUUUUUCGCUCGCCUCCCCGCACAGCAGCUGCCACCCGCAUCAGUCUGGUUUUCAGUAUGGUAAUGCAGAUCCUCACCAAUCCAGCUCUCAAGUUGUGUAUGGAUUUGGGCCGGCGAGUGCUGCCUCAGCCCAUGCCCCGCCCGCCCAGCCGACCCUGACGCCGACUCGACCCGCGCCGACACCGCCUGCCCACCACCACGCCCCUCCGAGGCCACAGCCACCGGCGGCCACGCCCCCCGAGUACUCGACGGUAGGACAGUUUCCGCAGGAUCCUGUGCUGAACGGCAGGGCGAGGUCCCCCCCACUGCGGGAGGGAGAGGCGCCCCCCUCGUGCGUCGUGGCGUGGCGGGGGGCGGCGGGACUCAAGCUUUACUUCAUACAGCAGGAAGGCCACGUCGUCUCGCCCCUCAAGCCUCUCUCGCUCACCGUCUUCAAGAGGAUUGGAGGAGCCACGCCGCCGGCAGGAGAUGAGAGCCUCGUCGGGAUGCUGGAAGUUCCGGGAGUCUGGAGGCUGAAGCUGAGGGCGAAACGAUGCUUCUGUUUGCACACCUUCCCUGACUCCUACGUUUUUCUCGAUGAGUCGACGAACCCGCACGAUGACGGUUGUCCCCCAACAGAGCGCGUGGUCGUGCUGCAGCUCCCGGAGGACGUGUCGACGACCAUGAUGGCGGACCUGCUGGCACUCCUGCGGGAGAUGACCGACUUGCGGGAGGAGCAGGAGGGUGUGGUCGACAAAAUCACUACCGGUGUCAGCACAGUGUACACGGACCUCACCAAGAAGAUCAACACAGCCGUGAAGGGAACUGCUCCGGGGGCGCACAAGAGCACCAAGUGGCUGAGGAAAGGCACGGGGUCAUUAGUGCGCAUGGGAGGAAGCCUCGUGUCGAAGGGGAUGCACCUCAUAGCCGACCAGGUGGCGCCGGGACACCCACAGGAGGAGGAAUCCGUCGUGCACUCGUACCUGGUUGACUCCCUGUCGACCUUCCGGAAGAAGCUGGAGGUGAACGAGAUCACGUACGUGUGAGGGCAGCCCCAGUUCAGGCGGACGUCUGGCGAGGCGCUCGGACGCAGCGCUGACGGAGGCGACGAAAGGUGCUGCGGUGCGCGCUUCUCCUGCAGUCGGGUUUGGCGGAGGGAGAGGGCGCUGCGGGGGCGAGCUGGGCGUUGAACAAGGAGGGAGUGGAAGGAUUGUGCCAUCGAGUCAACUAUUUAUUAUAUGCACUUUUAACAAGACUUAGGAUAUAUCCAGUAAAUCAAAACUUGGAAUGUAUUCAUUCAUAUGAAUGUCAUGGGACGUGUUUGAUUAUGAUUGAUUGUUUUUUUACAUUUGCACCUUGAUGUUGUUUAUAUAUAUAUAUAUA